AUGAGCGAGCGGGCUCUGCGCCUGGCCUGGGCAGUCGAGUCCUCCUCAGACGAAGAAGCAGCAGCAGAAACCCAGCCCUUGCUGCCCCCACCAUGCAGCAGCAGCAGCAGCAGCAGCAGCAAGAGCGCCGCUGCACUAGGCACAGCUCGCAGCGCCACUGACGGCAUCAGCAGCAGCAACAGCAGCAGCAGCAGCAGCAGCAGCAGCAGCAGCAGCAGUUUAACCGACGACAUCCUGGCUUGGGACUCUGUAGACCCCGAUGCAGAGACCCAGUUGACGGCAGCAGGUGCAGCAGCAGCAGCAGCAGCAGCUGCUGCUGCUGCUGCUGCUGGGCUCUCUGUGGAAAAUGACUCCUUCUUUGAAGCCAUUGACGGCCUUAUAGAAGCAGAAGAAGGCCUCAUUAAGGUCUUCGAGCUGCAGCAAACGCAGCCAGGAAGAGCAGCAGCAGCAGCAACAGCAGCAGCAGCAGCAGCAAGCACAGCAGCAGGCGCUGCAGCGGCGGCAGAACCGGCUACGGCUCCUGAGAGCGGCGAUGCUGCUGCUGCUGCUGCUGCUGCUGCUGCUGCUGAUUACCCCGCAGCAGGAGCCGGCGGCUGUGCUGCUGCUGCAGCUGCAGGCUCUGAAGCAGAAGCAGCAGCAGCAGCAGCAGCAGCAGCAGAAUGUGCAGAAGGCAGCACAUGGGGAGACGCGUUUGCUGGCUGCUGGAAGGGGGGCGUCUGCGUUGCUGCUGCUGCUGUUGCUGCUGCUGCUGCUGCUGCAGAAGGCAGCAGCAGCUGGGCACAGCCGUGGGACUCUGAGGCUUCUUCAGCCUCCAUCACCCCAGUGAAGACUCAGCCAAUACACCGCCUGCAGCAGCAGCAGCAGCAGCAGCAGCAGCAGCAGCAGCAGCAGCAGCAGCAGCAGCAGCAACCACUGCAGCAGCUACCACAGCAGCAGGCGCAGCAGCUCGGAUUUGACGGCUCACAGAAUGCUCUGCAGCUGCACACUGCAAGUGUUGCCGCUGCUGCUGCUGCCGCUGCUGCUGCUGCGUGCAGCAGCAGCAGCAGCAGCAACAGCAGCCCACAGCCCUGCAGGACACCCCCAAGGCCUGGAGGGCCCCAGAAGCAGCAGCAGCAGCAGCAGCAGCAGCAGCAACAGCAACGGCAGCAGGCAUUAUACACACCGCCGCAGCAAAGAACUAUGUCGCAGCAAUCCCUGCAGCAGCAGCAGCGACAGCAGCAGCAACAGCAGCAGCAACAGCACCGGGCUGCUCCUGCCCAAAUGUCCCUUAGCCGCUCAGGAACUCGGCCAUCCCCGCAGCAGCAGCAGCAGCAACAGCAGCAGCAGCAGCAGCAGCAGCACGCUGCCAGUCCAUACUUAUCCGCCCGCAGAGAGCAGCAGCGCCAGCUGCUGCCGGAGGGCUCUCUGCUGCAGCGGAACGAGCAGCAGAAGGAGCAGCAGCAGCAGCAGCAGCAAAACCGACAGCAGCUGCAGCAACCUCAGCAGCACCAGCACUUCCAGGUUCAGCAGCAGCAACAGCAGCUGAAGCAGCAGCAGCACUUAAAUCACUUGGUCCACGCGGCUCCUCAGCCGAAUCGGCAGCAGCAGCAGCAGCAAAAGCAGCAGCAUCUCUACCAACAGCAGCAGCACCAGCAGCAGCAGCAGCACCUGCAGCAGCAGCAGCAGCGGCAGCAACAGCGCCACCACCAACAGCAGCAGCAGCAACAGCAGCAGCAGCAACAGCAGCAGCAGCAGCAACAGCAGCAGCAGCAACAGCAGCGGCAGCAGCAGCAGCCACUGCUCCCUUCUCCUUCUCAGCAGGACGAGCUGCUUGCUGCAUGCGACAUUCUUUACGGCGCAGAGGACACGGGGCAGCAGCAGCUGCAGCAGCAGCACCUGACGCUUCAGCAGCAGCAGCAGCAGCUGCAGCAGCAGCAGCAGCGGCAUCAGUUCCACUGGGAGCCGCAGCAGCAGCAGCAGCAGCAGCAGCCGCUGCAGCUGCUGCCCAAGCGUCGGCGACUCUCCUCGCCAGCAGCAACGGCAGCAGCAACAACAAUAAAUUACGCCGCAGAAGCGCCUGCAGCAACAGCAGCAAGUGCAGCAGCAGCAGCAGCAGCAAGCGAUGGCUCGCCAGAAUGGAGCUUCGAAGACAUAGACAUUGACUGUGCUGCUGGUGAGCCGUGUGCUGCUGCUGCUGCUGCUGCUGCUGCUUACGACAGCUGCGCAGAGUCUGCAGCAGCAGAGCAGCUGCAGCAGGAAGAGCUGCUGCUGUGGCUGGACGACGCAGCAGCGCCGGAGCUGUUGCAGCCCUUAGCAGCAGCAACAGCAAACCCGUCGGCCUUCAUGCAGCAGCAGCAGCUGCUGCAGCAGCCGGUGCAUCCGCUGCAGCUGAUGCCGGGACAAAUGCACGCAGCAGCAGCAGCAGCAUCAGGUACAGCAGCAGCAGGCGCAGCAGCAGCAGCAGCAGCAGCAGCAGCAUCUACAGCAGUGCAAUCUGGAGGCGCUUUUACUCCGCUGGUCUCUGUGAGUGCUGGAGUGCGUCAAGAAUACAGCAGCAGCAGCAGCAGCAGCAGCAGCAGCAACAGCAGCAGCAGCGGGCCUGUAGUGGCAGGAGUUGCAGCAGCAGCAGGUGGAGCUCUUACUUCAGGGGCAGCCAGUUAUAAGGGGCUGCACAAGACCCACAGCCUCUUGCAGGUGCAGCAGGAAACAGAGGCAGCAGCUGCAGCAGAAACAGCAGCAGCAGCAACAGCAGCAGCAGCAACAGCAGCAGCAGCUGCAGGAGCAUCGCGGCCUUUCAAAGGGUUCCCCUUGGCUUCAGGAGCAGCAGCGGAUUCAAACCCCCAGGCGCUUACCAGUUGCCUCCCCCCGCUACAACUUAGUAAAGACAGCAGCAGCAGCAGCAGCAGCAACAGCAGCAGCAGCAGCAGCAACAGCAGCAGCAGCACGACUGCGUACGGCACGCACUGCAGCAACAUGGCCUCAGCAGCAACAGCUGCAGCUGCAGCUCCUGGUGUGGGGUUUUCGUUUGCAUCUGGAAGACAGGUGCAAAUCAGCCCGCAGGCUUUAACAAGAGCCCGCAACUUGCUGCAGCAGCAAGACACAGACAGCAGCAGCAGCAGCAAUAGCGGCAGCAGCAACCAGGGUCCAGCAGCAGCAGCAACAGCUGCUGUGGGUUUUUCCUUUGCAUCCGGGCGACAGGCGCAAAUCAGCCCGCAGGCUCUAGCAAGGGCCCGAAGUUUGCUGCAGCAGCAAGACACAGAUAGCAGCAGCAACAAUAGCAACAGCAGCAGCAGCAGCAGCAACCAAGCGGAAGCAGCAGCAGCAGCAGCAGCAGCUCGUGCUGCCGUAGGUUUUUCCUUUGCAUCUGGACGACAGGUGCAAAUCAGCCCGCAGGCUCUAGCAAGGGCCCGCAGUUUGCUGCAGCAGCAAGACACAGACGCAGAUAGCAGCAGCAGCAGCAAUAGCUGCAGCAGCGGCAACAACAACCAGGGAGAAGCAGCAGCAGCAGCAGCAGCAGCUCCUGCUGCUGCGGGUUUUUCCUUUGCAUCUGGCCGACAGGUGCAAAUCAGCUCGCAGGCUCUAGCAAAGGCCCGCAGUUUGCUGCAGCAGCAAGACACAGAUAGCAACAGCAGCAGCAGCAGCGACAACAACCAAGGAGAAGCAGCAGCAGCAACAGCAGCAGCAGCAGCAGCAGCAGCUUCUGCUGCUGCGGGUUUUUCCUUUGCAUCUGGGCGACCGGUGCAAAUCAGCCCGCAGGCUCUAGCAAAGGCCCGCAGUUUGCUGCAGCAGCAAGACACAGAUAGCAACAGCAGCAGCAGCAGCAGCGACAACAACCAAGGAGAAGCAGCAGCAGCAGCAGCAGCAGCAGCAGCAGCAGCUUCUGCUGCUGCGGGUUUUUCCUUUGCAUCUGGGCGACAGGUGCAAAUCAACCCGCAGGCUCUAGCGAAGGCCCGCAGUUUGCUGCAGCAGCAAGACACAGAUAGCAACAGCAGCAGCAGCAGCAGCGACAACAACCAAGGAGAAGCAGCA